AUGUCAUCUUCAACUGAAGUGGAGCAAAAAGACGAUCACUUUGAAGAGCUCUUCCAGAGGUUGCAACCAAAGAAGCCUGUAGCAGGGGGCCUGGUGGCUAAUUACCAAGGCGUUUGGUUUGAUGCAGAUUUAUUUCAAGCUACAUUAACCUUUCAAAAGCACUUCAAAGCCAUUGACUCUGACAUUAUUUUGGCCACCAUGCCGAAAUCAGGAACCACAUGGAUUAAAGCCCUCACCUUCAGUAUUGUUAACCGCAACAAUCAUUCAGUUGAUGAGAGCCCUUUGCUCUUCUCCAACCCUCAUUAUCUCGUCCCUUUCUUCGAGAUAUAUCUGUACAAGGAUGGUAAUAUUCCCGAUAUAGACUCUAUGCCUUGCCCACGAAUCCUCGCUACUCAACUGCCUUAUCAAUUCCUUCCUAGCAGCAUCUUGGAUUGUUCCAACUGUCGAAUCAUCUACCUUUGCCGAAACCCUUUGGAUGUGUUCACUUCAGUGUUGCAAUCAUGGUAG